GAGACAUGGAAGCAGAGGAGCCAUAGAAAUCUCUGAGCAUGUUCGGUAGCAGGAUGGACCUUGACUACUAAAGAGAGCGUAUGUGUGAGAGAGAGAGAGUGAGAGAGAGAGAGAGAGAGAGAGAGAGAGAGAGAGAGAGAGAGAGCGAGAGAGAGAGAGGGAGAGAGAGAGAGAGGAGAGGCAGAGAGAGAAGAGGCAGACAGCUGGAUCUAUACUGUCAAAAGAUCAGGAGAAAGCAUACAGAUUCUUUAAGGCUCCGGGCACUAAACGACAGAAGCACCAAAAGAGCUAUUAAGAGGGUAUACUUUGCAGCAUUUUGGUGGAUCGGCAAGGAAAGAAGUGAACCUGGUGGAGGCUUGAACUAUCAAGGCACUAAGAGGUGGGUCACUGAUAGAUCUGCGACCCGUCAUUUUUUUUUUAUUUUUUUUUGCCCAGAAAUAGAGCGAGAGCGAGAGUGAAAGAAAGCAAAAGGGGGAGCGAUCUGUUUUUUAAUUCAUCACCCCCGCCCCCUUUGUCCAUUCACAAAUACAUUGCAUUCUGUCGUCGUGGCGAUGCAGAGGCAUUCUUUCCGAUUGGUUGAAGAAGGGUCCCAUUGAGAGCUAAGACUUACCCCCCUCCACCUACCUUUUCAUACACCCUUGUAUUCUCCUUAUAUUAUUUUCUCUUUUUCUUUGAUUUCUCCAGCUCCCUCUUCAGCAUUCACUGAGGGAGGGUCUCUGAAAGUGGGUGAUUAGGAGCUGUCAGUCUGUUCAUGUUUUUUCUUUUUGAAAGACCAGACUAACAAUAAAUAAUAUGAAAUAAAGCAAAGGAUUGAUGCUCUCAGUACUAUAAAUUCCAAAUAUCUGGUUAGUAUAAACAAAAUAAAAAGGAUUUAAGGAGUUUAAAAACAGCAGUGGGCUAAAAGCUAGAUUUAACAACAUAUUUUUGUAACAUUUCUCUUCAAUAAGCUACCUUUGCUGCAGAAAUGAAGGGUGAUUCUGAGGAAAGCAUUGAAAGCAUUCGACCAUCCAACUUGCAAGCAUUUGCCAACAAUUCUACAUUGCAUGGCAUGAGCCAUAUUUUUGCUUAUGGCCCUAUGACCUUUCGCCGCUUCCUUUGGACUUUAUCCUUCUUGGGUUCACUAGGUUUGCUUCUGAUAGUCUGUGUGGAGAGGGUCACCUACUACUUUACUUAUCCACAUGUUACUAAACUGGAUGAGGUGGCAGCACCAAACCUCACCUUCCCUGCUGUUACCAUCUGCAACCUCAAUGAGUUUCGGUUUUCAAAGAUUACUCGCAAUGACCUGUUUCAUGUUGGUGAAUUAUUGGCAUUGUUGAAUGAUAAUUAUGAAAUUGCCAAUCCUCAUCUAGCUGAACCUGAAGUAGUAGCAGCCCUAAAGGAAAAGGCCAAUUUCAGGGGUUUUAAGGCCAAACCAUUCAAUAUGACCGAUUUCUACAACCGUACUGGACAUGACAUUAAUGAGAUGCUGCUGCAGUGUACCUUCCGUGGGACCUAUUGCCAUCCCAGUAACUUCACAACUACCUACACCCGCUAUGGAAAAUGUUACACAUUUAACUCAGGCCAAGAUGGAUAUCCUUUGAUGACCACUUUAAAAGGGGGAACUGGCAAUGGUCUUGAAAUAAUGAUGGAUAUUCAGCAAGAUGAAUACCUUCCAGUCUGGGGAGAUACAGAGGAAACGUCAUAUGAGGCCGGUGUGAAGGUGCAGCUUCAUAGCCACUUCGAGCCACCAUAUAUUCAUGAACUGGGCUUUGGGGUCGCCCCAGGCUUCCAGACGUUUGUUUCCACGCAAGAACAGCGGCUGAUGUAUCUCCCUCCUCCUUGGGGGGACUGCAUGGCAUCAUCUAUGAAUUCAGAAUUUUUCUCCACAUACAGUAUAACUGCAUGUCGUAUUGACUGUGAGACCCGGUAUUUGAUUGAAAAUUGCAAUUGCAGGAUGGUGCACAUGCCAGGAAAUGCAGUAGUAUGUACUCCGGAGCAGUACAAGGAUUGUGCAGACCCUGCAUUGGACUUUCUAGUAGAGAAGGAUAAUGAUUACUGUGUAUGUCAGACACCUUGUAACACCACUCGUUAUGGGAAAGAGCUGUCUAUGGUGAAAAUUCCAAGCAAAGCAUCUGCAAAAUAUCUGGCCAAGAAAUUCAACAAGACUGAACAAUACAUAGCAGAAAACAUUUUAGUUCUGGACAUUUUCUUCGAAGCUCUGAAUUAUGAGACAAUUGAACAAAAGAAGGCCUAUGAAGUUGCAGGGCUACUUGGUGAUAUUGGUGGCCAGAUGGGUCUUUUCAUUGGUGCAAGCAUUUUAACAAUUUUGGAAAUAUUUGAUUAUUUAUAUGAGGUAUUUAAAGAUAAGGUUUUUGGUUAUGUGAAGCGCAAGAAAAGACCAAAGAGAAGUCAAAGUGACAAUCUGGAAUUUCCAGAGAACCCAACCAGCCCUGGCGUCACACCCAAUCAUGUCCCCAGAGUACCUGUGACACACUCCGCAGUCACUCGGACAGUCUCGGAUUCACGCCGAACAUGUUACCUCGUCACCCGACUAUAAGCAACUUUGAGGAGUUUGCCUGUUGACAAGAAACCAAGCUGGAGUGAAAAAGGAGUUUAUGGUGAACAUCAACAAUAACUUGUAAAAAAAAUUCUUCAGAAUUAUAAAUAAAUUUAAAAAAAACUUUAUAACAAUGCCUGAAACUAAUAAGAUGAUACCUAAAAAAAUACAAACUUCCAGAACAGAACUCAGGUUAAAUUCAUCUCCAGGCAUCCCUAUUGUGUGUUUUGCUUUUUUCUAAAUUGUUUGUCUGAAAUUUAAAUUUAAAAAUUCCACAUUUAUUUGCUACUUCAUGCCAUUCUUGAUACAUUUCACAAUAUUUAAAUGUGAUACCACCAUAGCCAAUAUUAAUUUUUUAGACUAGACUCACUUUUUUAUAACAGGAAUCUCUAUUACAAAGUAUACCUUUGGUGUAAAAUGUCAUCUAGUAAAUGUUAGAAAUAAUAAUGUGUUGCUAUUACUAGAAAAAGAAAUUACUUUAAAAUUAGCAAAUAAUCCUGGAGAAAAGGUAGCAUAUACUGGAGCAGAAUACAGGGUCAUGAAGAUGGAAC